UGUUCGGAGUGGCAUGUCGUUUUAUUUGUGAUUUUAAUUUUAACGGAUUGUUGACAUUCUUGACAGUACAUUGUAAUCGCAUAAAUUAUAAUUUACAAACUGUGUGUGAACAAUUCCUACCUACCUAUUAUUGAAAUUGUUCUUUGUAUAUUGUGACAAUGGCGACACAACCAGAAGUCGGCGUGUCCGACUUUGUGCUCUUGGACAACUUGACUACAGAGACAUUUAUUGAAAAUUUGCAUUUGAGGUUUCAACACAAUAAAAUCUACACAUACAUCGGCGAGGUUCUCGUGUCUGUGAACCCUUACAAGACCCUCGACAUCUAUGGGCCCCAACACAUGGCUCAGUACAGGGGCCGGGAGAUGUUCGAGGUUCCACCACAUGUUUAUGCCGUUGCUGAUGCUUGCCAGAGGGUUUUACGGCAGCAGGGAAGGGACACGUGCGUCCUUAUAUCGGGUGAAUCGGGUGCAGGAAAAACGGAGGCAUCUAAAUUUAUAAUGAAGUACAUCGCUGCGAACACAACACAAGUACACAGGGAAUAUAUUGACAGAGUGAAAAACGUUUUGAUACAGUCAAAUACCAUACUCGAAACAUUUGGCAACGCAAAAACAAAUCGCAACGACAAUUCGUCCCGUUUCGGCAAAUACAUGGACAUACAUUUCGAUUAUAAGGGCGACCCAGUCGGCGGACACAUCAGCAACUACCUCUUGGAGAAAAGUAGAGUGGUCAGCCUUCAACCGGGCGAGAGAAACUUUCAUUCGUUUUAUCAGCUCCUCAGUUCAAACAAUCCGGUUUUGAAAAAACUGGGAAUGUCAACGAACACGGCCUACAAGAUCCUGGGCAGCGAAAGACCUACAGCGCACGAUUCUAAACUUUAUUCCCAAACGAAUAGUGCGUUUAAUGCUCUGGGCUUCUCUAAUUCGGUCAUCGAGGAUAUAUGGAAUAUUGUCGCCGGUGUUAUUUUAUUGGGCGAGGUGACGUUCGAGGGCGGGGAGGGCGGGGAGGAGGGCGGCGCCGUGGCGGCGGGCGCGGUGGCGGGCGCGGUGCGUGCGCUGGGCGUGGCGGAGGCGGGGCUGCGCGCCGUGCUGGGCCGCCGCGUGCUGGCCGCCGGGCACGACCUGGUCACCAAGCAGCACUCGCUCGUCGACGCGCACUACACCAGGCUGGCGCUGGCCAAGGCGGCCUACGACAGACUCUUCACCUGGAUCGUGCAACAGAUAAACAAAGCCAUCGACGUCCCGGCCGGCACGUACAAGAACACCCUCAUCGGCGUGCUCGACAUCUACGGGUUCGAGAUCUUCGAGACCAACAGCUUCGAGCAGUUCUGCAUCAACUACUGCAACGAGAAGUUGCAGCAGCUGUUCAUCGAGCUGGUGCUGAAACAAGAGCAAGAGGAGUACGCGCGCGAGGGCAUACAGUGGACGCCGGUGCAGUACUUCAACAACAGGAUCAUCUGCGAGCUCAUCGACGCGCCUCAUCACGGUGUCAUCGCCAUCAUGGACGAGGCCUGCCUCAACCCCACACAGAUCACGGACCAGCAGCUGCUGGAGGCGAUGGACAAGCGGCUGACCGGCCACCGCCACUACACGUCUCGGCAGCUGGCGCCGACUGACAAGAAACUCAAGCACGGAGUCGACUUCAGGAUAACGCACUACGCCGGCGACGUGACGUACGCCAUCACCGGCUUCAUGGACAAGAACAAGGACUCGCUGUGGCAGGACCUCAAGAGGCUGCUGCACUCGUCCAGCAACGCCUCGCUGGCCGCCAUGUGGCCCGAGGGCGCCGCCGACAUACAGAAGACCUCCCGGCGCCCCCCCUCCGCCGCGUCGCUGUUCCGCUCGUCGCUGGCGGCGCUGGUGGCAGGGCUGCACUCCAAGGAGCCCUUCUACGUGCGCUGCCUCAAGCCCAACCCCCUGCAGGCGCCCUCCACCUGGGACCCCCUGCUGGUGCAGCACCAGACCGCGUACCUGGGGCUGGUGGAGAACGUGCGCGUGCGGCGGGCGGGGUUCGCGUGCCGCGUGCGCUACGACCGCUUCGUGCAGCGCUACAAGAUGUUGUCGCAGUACACGUGGCCCAACUACCGCGGACACUCGCCCCGGGACGCCGCCGCCGUGCUGCUGCGGGACCUGCGCCUGGACGACGUGCACUACGGACACACCAAGCUCUUCAUCAGGAGUGCUAAAACGCUGCAAAGCCUAGAGGCGGCCCGCGCAGAACUGAUUCCUUCCAUCGUGGUGCUGCUGCAGAAGUUGUGGCGAGGAGCGAUCGCCAGGAGGAGAUACAAGAAGAUGAAGGCUGCACUAACCAUAUUCAACGCUUGGAAACGCUACCGCUACCGGCGCUACAUCUCGGAGCUGCAGACGGAGCUGUCCCGGCACCGCGGCGUCAUCCGGCGCUGGCCCCCCGCGCCGCGCGGCCUGGACCCCGCGCUGCUGGUGGCGGCGUACCGGCGGUGGCGCGCCUUCCUCGUGCUGCGCGCCGUGCCGCGGGAGCGCUGGGCCGAGCUGCGCCUCAAGGUGUGCUGCGGCGCGGCGCUGCGCGGGCGGCGGCGGCACUGGGGCGCGGCCCGGCCGUGGCGCGGGGACUACCUGGCCGCGCCCGACUACAACGAGAAGGCGGGGGCGUACCGGGCGCAGAUCGCGAGCAUGCAGAAGGCCGGCCAGAUAGACAAGCCGCUGUUCUCGUGCCGCAUACACAAGUUCAACCGCUACAACAAGUCCUCCGAGAGAUGUCUGCUCGUCACUAGCACGGCGAUAUACAAAUUGGAUUCGAACAGUUUCAAGCCACUGAAGAAACCUACUUAUAUUAAAGACGUGGGGGCCGUGCGCGUGAUGAGCUCGGACGUGCAGCUGGUGGUGCUGUGCGUGCCGUCCGCCAAGAAUGACCUGGUGGCCGCGCUCGAAGCCCCCGGGGACGACCUGGUCGGCGAGCUGCUGGGCGUGCUGGCCAGCAGAUACUGCAUGUUGUCUGGCGGCGAGCUGUGCGUGGAGGUGGAGAGCGGCGCCAGCACGCGCUGCACGCUGGGGGGCCGCAGCCGCGCGCUGCAGCUGCCCGCGCACGCCGACCCGCGCGCGCCCGCCUUCACGCACGCGCACAACGUCAUCACCUACCACCCGCCGUCCGCGCGCGCCUGAGGACAUUCACUUAACGGCUUACUUCAAUAAUCAAAUUGUAUAAAUAACAUUAUCAUUAUGUAUAAAUUAAUUUAAUGUAAAUAGUUGUAAUUUAUUUUCUAGAAAAUGGUGCCUUAAUGAACUGAUGUGCUAGUUAGUACACACAGGGCGGCGCGCGCCGUCGCCUGUGUCUCGUUUUAACACGAACGAAUUUUUAUGUUUGGUAUUUGUUGGAACCCUCCUUGGGUGUGACGGUGUACUUAUUGGACUGCGCAGACAGCAUAAUAUUAGGUCUUAAAGUUGUUUCUUUAGGAAACAAAAAUCUGUGCCUUUAAGAGCUCUUGUGCUUAAAAAGUGUGAGCUAAAUAAGUUAUUUUUAAAACGUAUUUAUUUGCGCAAAGACACGUUAUUGAAUCCGUUGUUGUAAUUAUAUUUGGUGUCCAACGCAGCGCCGUCCCGCAGUAACUUGAACACCACCCAUUGUAAAAGUAAGUAGACGUAUAUUGAAUUUGUGGUUACCCUAGUGUCGGUUGACGAACGUCCCUGGCGUGCCCCCCCACCCCUCCUGACUGUCCCCGGUCGACCCCGGCCGCCUCUAGCGACAAGCACUCACUAUGACAGAGUUAUUAUGAAUUAAGAAUAAAAAUAUCCUGCACAAAAUCGUGGGCGCUUGAGUUUUGCGCGACCGACGGGCGCGUCAGUGUGCGUCCUAAUAAUUAGUAGUUCUGUGGUGCACGCCAGUGCGUUUGUUGGUCAAUAAUAUUUUUAAACAAAAUGACUGCUACCGAAGCAUUCAAGCAUCUGUUUCUACCAUUUUUCGUGGAAAUUUGUACAAAUUAUUCUAUGUGCGGUCGUCCUACCCGGACGUGGACUAUAAGUAAAUUAUUUUUAAAUUCUUGGGCACCCUCCGUUAUGAAGUCACCAGACCUUUUAGAACUUUCAGCCGCCAUUAGUCAGGCACGACCUGCCGGGUGCUUUUAUACUUAACAGUUAUAAAGCCCUAAGGAAGAUUCCUUUGAAAAAGCUUGUAAAAACAAUUUGUUUUUUUUUACAUUGAUUCAAAGGAAAACAUAACUUUAUAAAUUGAGACUAUUUAUAAAUAUUAUAAUAAUUUGUAUACAUAUUAAAUAUUAAUUCGUAAAGAUAUGUUCGUUGAUUAUUUUAAUAUCAUGUGAUUUAAUUUAAUUAUUUUGUAAAUAACUAAUUGAUUAUUAAUACACGAGGUGAAGUUUUUAUUCACUUUUAAAAUAGUAUUUAUUGUUUAGUCUUAUAGAAGUUGUUUACAACGAAAUAUGUUUGGCUCGGGUUUGUGAGUGACAAUGCUACAGGGUGUGUCCCGGGUUGUCGGACGUGCCCCGGCGGCGCAUACAGGGUGUGAGUGAAUUCUCUGUAGCAUUGUUUCUUGUAUACAUUUGUCAGUCGUGAUUAGCGAAGUGCCUUGUUGUGGUGCCAUGGUAUUGAGUAAAGUUACGUGUUUUACAA